UCGCCAGUUUCAAGUAAGAAUACACCAGCUGAUACUCCCUGCAACCAUCCAAGUAAAAAGGACUUCGGUCUUGAAAUGAAUGGCUCUGUUAGAGAGUCUUUGAAGACUUUACCAAAAAUUAUAGCUGGGUUUCUUUCGGUCAACAACUCAGAUCAAGAAGCCAUCACAUUUACUCUUAAAGACUGCAUCAGGAGUCAAGACUGUAGAAUUUAUACUAUGCUGGACAAGAAGAAAGAAAACACACUGACUCUUUGUGUAGUCGUAAACGAGACAAAGAAUUGCUUUGUGUCCACCUGUACGUGCCCAAACAGUCGAACACGUCGAGGUGUAAAUUCCCAUUUACUUACUCCAAAUCCUUCAUCAGGACCUCAAGAUGCCACGUGUAAAUUGGAGCUCAUUUUAAGUGAAAAUAUUUCGGACAACCUUCAUGGAAAUAUGACAAACCUAAGAGAUGAAAGAUCUGAAAAUCCAAUGGACUGUUCUACUCUUAAAUGCAAAACCAAGAAAAACACUUUGAAAAAUGAAGGUCUAAGUCUUCCUGGUACGUGUAGUUUACUGGUGUUGUUUCCACUUAUCUACAUCGUAGACGUCUUCGUCACUGAAUGGAGCAUCAGCCUCCUACAGGACCAGCACCAGCAGAACCAUAUCUGAAGGAAAGUCUCGCCACAACGGCUAUAUGAUCAACUUAAUAAGCAGUGCUCUCCUCCAAUUCCGGAUUCAUGGACAAAUCAUUGUUUCAAUUUUUUUUAUUACUCAAUGUAGAAAGAAAAUAGAAAUCAUUUAUGUAAAAUCGGUAUUUUUUAUCAUUUGAGGGUCGGGAUCUUCUAUUAUCCCUAGGUCAUUUGGUCAUUUUGUGACAAUUGCAUUCAAAUUUACUUUAUGGUCAGGCACGUAACAUCAUUUGAAAGUAGUUUAAAUCGCUACACCAAAAUAGUCUAAACGUAAAGAAAAGAAAAAAAGAAAACAAGAAAAAAAGAAAAAAAUGAGAGAGAGAGAGA